AUGUCUACAAACUCCGGGAGCCGUAGCCUGCUGGGACUCCCGGUUGAAGUUUUGAUGUACAUUAUCGAUCACACAGAGCUUUGCGGCUUGUACUGGCUCUCACAGACCUGCAGGACCAUGCGGUACCUGGCAAAGAGGGACUUCCGCACCAUGGUCGACACCGACGUUGAAGACAAGGCCGAAUUCUUGCUUGGUCUCGCAUACGUACUGCCAGACCACUACUUCUGUGGGAAGUGCUGCAUGCUUCACAUUUUCAACCGCCAUGCCCCCUCAAUAAAGCCCCGUAUCUGCUGGGAUUACUCGGUCAACCAUCGGCGCAGUUGGGCGACCGGUUACGACUUACAACACCAGCACGUUCAACUGGCAUUGAAAUACAACAGACUUGGAGGAUUCUAUAGAUAUGCAGCUGCAAAUAUUAUGCAGCCCUAUCGACAAACAUGCUCCAACGGCUCUUUGGGACCAAUUUUGCACUUCUCUGCCACGCCUGAGAUCAAGAAUGGUCGUUUUAUCCUACACGGAGAAUGGAAACUCCAAGCCGACUUCCCUGCAUCUCUCGUCCCCUCGUGCGCUUUCAUCCCUAUCUGCAGCCACUUAGAUCUUUUGGGUGGUAGGUCGCUGAUGAAUGUGGACGAGCGCGUAUCGUGGUCGUUGAUACGCAAAUUAACGCCGCUUGAGAAUGGGCAAGUGGAAAGAAGUCGUGUACCUCAUGGUUCUUGCAAAAUAUGCUCAACGAGUUACGAUUUCAGUGUCUCCAAGGAGAACGGCACUGUUGUAAAUGCAACGCACGACUACGGUUCAUUCAGUUCACUGGAUGAGUGGAAGAGACGCAGCUGGAAAAGACGCUCACAUAGCCAAGAACCAAUCGCGGUUGACUUUGUUUUUCUUGAAAACGAUUUGGGAGAGUUUGAAGAGGCCGAUUGGCGCCGUUCGUACAAUGCUUGA